AUGAACUUGAGUCCGGGUAGCCUUGUGUUCGCCUACCAUGGCCCAUUGAUGUACGAGGCAAAAGUGCUUAAGAUUCAUCGAGCGGGUCUGAAUGUGGUCGAGUUGAUGGAAGGAAAGGAGGAUGACGUUGACAGAUACCCCCGACUCAAGCAUCUUCGCGAAAUUGAUACAUACUUCCUUCAUUAUUCUGGGUGGAACUCUAAGUGGGAUGAAUGGGUUGGAAUCGAACGUAUAUUGGAGCAUAAUGAUGAGAAUAAGCUGAAAAAGAGCCAGUUAGACUCCAUCAACAAGCGACCCAAGAUUUCCCGGCAAGCCUCACCAGCGCUAUCUCCCUUGGUUAGACGACAACAGCCGGGUUCUCAGUCAUCAAAGCUUCCUUUGCAACGUCGAAAACGGGCUCAGUUGCUAGUGCUCAAAUAUGAUGACAAUAUCAAGCACAUUCUUGUUGAUGAUUGGCAAUUUGUGACACGCGAUCACCAACUUGUGAGUAUACCUGCCGAACUGUCGGUGGUGAAAAUUUUGCAGGACUACAGCCAGUAUCGUCUGCCUCUGUUAGAUGAGACCCAAAAAGAUGUUUUGAGGGAAGUGCUUAAUGGACUCAUUCUUUAUUUCGAUAAGCUGCUCCAUUUGAUGCUUCUUUAUAAGUACGAGAACCAACAAUAUUUCGAAUUGUUGCAGAAGGAAACCAUCAAUGAUCAAACCCCCCCAAGUCAAGUUUAUGGCUUGGAGCAUUUGCUAAGGCUCAUAGUCACUAUGCCAGCGAUACUUGCCGAUUCCACGAUUGACGCUGUCUCAAUGAAUGUGAUAAUACAGGAACUCGAAAGGAUUUUGCAAUGGGUUCUGACCCAUCUCAAUGUUUACAUGGGUUCUUAUAUUAAUACCUCACCCCAAUAUGAUGCCCUCUCACGUCAAUAA